GGCCAGAACAAGCUGAUGGACGAGCUCAGGCCGAAUCUCGGUUUGCUCGGCGUCGGUCUCGUCGAGAACGACAGUUUCCAUUUGAAUCACAACCAAGAGAAGAGGAAGUGCAGCAGUACCAGCUCGAACGAGCAAGAUUUCGGCCUCUAUGGGGUACACCAGGGCCUGGAGGCCAGCCCGCCAACACCCGCCGCGACGCCCGGAAGGAGCAGCGUCGGUGCCACUUCCAGCGUUGGUGCGGAAGGGGCUUUUAAAAAGUUGAAGCCCGAUCCUUGUGCUUCGAGUCCUCACAUUGGUCAUACUCCUACCACCGCCAGUUGCCCGACACCUGCCCGACGGCGACACAGGACCACCUUCACGCAGGAGCAGCUGGCAGAAUUGGAAUCGGCAUUCGCAAAAUCUCAUUAUCCGGACAUAUACUGUAGGGAGGAAUUGGCGAGGUCCACCAAAUUGAACGAAGCUAGAAUUCAGGUCUGGUUUCAAAAUAGAAGAGCGAAAUAUCGGAAGCAAGAGAAACAGCUUCAAAAAGCUUUGACUCCGAUUCCUGCUUGUCAAGGUGCCAUGAUGAGGAACAUCUACCCCGGUGCUAGCAGAGGUUAUCAACCGUAUCCUCAUCCUCAUAAUAGCAUAAACGGAAUAAAUCGUUACCCUCAAAUGGGUACAACGUCUUAUCCAAGUAUGACACAACCAUUUUCUAUGUCGCAUUCGGCGUCGAAUAUGUCGGCAGUUACUGGUAUGAGACAAGAUGCAAUGGGAAUGUCAGCGGAGGACGAAUGGUACAACAAGAGCAUCUCCGCUUUAAGAAUGAAUACAGCUCACCAUCCAAAUCUCGCUGCCCCGAUGCUGCAAUAUCAAACAUAAUUGUAAACGUGUAUUGGUGGGGUUAUCCGAGAAUUCCACACGAGUAUUUGAAUGCGUAUCUUCGUCCGGACGACUCAGCAUUGCCGAAAUUGUGUUGUCGAGGAGAGGGGAAUAAAAGAAAAAAGUAACAAAAAGAACAAUAUUUCGAGACACCACCAAGGAGACGUAGAGAAACGGUGAAACGAAAAUGGAGUUUAACGCGAUUCUCGU